AUGAACAAGAAGGAAAAGGGGAAUCAAAAUGUCGAGAAAAAUGAAAAUACGUUUGAAGAACAAAAGGAAGAUGAAAUGAACCAUUUCCUGAAGGUGCUGGAGGAGGAGUUUGGCUUAUGUCGAGAGAAGUAUGAGAAGAAAGAAGAUGUUCAGAUGAACGAAUUUGGAAUUGACGUGGCAUCACAUCGAAGCUACUAUCUGCAACUGAAGGAUGAGAAAAAUAUUGAAGUGUUGGAAAAUGAACACACGACAUCUCUUUGUGUGAGCGAAAAGCAUAACCUUGAACACAGCAAAGUACUUGGAAUGGUGAAGAAGUUAGAAACAUUAUAUUAUGUGAUUAAUCAUGUUAAGAGUUUUAACAAGUAUCAGCUGACAGAAGAGGGGGAAGAGUACCUGAAGAGUGGGUCCCCAGAAUAUGUAACAUUAAAAUUCGUUGUGGAAAAUGAAAAGUGCACUUUGGAUCAUUUGAAAAAAAUGUUUGGAAAAAAAGGAGAAAUAGGAUUGAAUAUCAAUUUAAAAAAUAAAAAAAUUGAACUGAAUAAGAAUGAUAAAAGCUUGAUUCCUCGUGUAUCCACUACCGGAUGCGACAUAGUGGACGACACAAGAAAACUCUUAAAUGUGAUAAAAGCAGAAGGACAUGAUGAACACAUGCUUUUUACACAUUUGAAAGAGACUUUAUUUUCCAAGCUUGAUUCAGAUGUAAACAAUUUGAUAGCAAAUUUGAAAAAGAGAAAAUUGAUGGAAGUUAAAAAAGUAUCGUACAGUUACAUCAUACGAACUAGCCGUUUUGAAAAAAAAAUAAAAAAACAAAUAACUGAUAUGAAUUAUCAGCUUAUGAAAAAUGAAGAAUAUAAAAAGUAUGACAUAAAAAAAUACAACUUUUUUUCUAGUGGCAAAAAAAUAAACAAAGGUAAUAUACAUUUGUUAACAAAACAGAUGAGAACUUUUAAAGAAAUUUUUAUUUCACUCGGUUUUGAAGAAAUGGAAACUCACAAUUAUGUAGAAUCAUCUUUUUGGUGUUUUGAUGCAUUGUAUAUUCCUCAACAGCAUCCAAGUAGGGAUUUACAAGAUACUUUUUUUAUUAAAAUUCCCGAAUUGUGUAAUGAGAAUUUCAUAGAUUCUGAAUAUAUUGAGAAUGUGAAACGGGUUCAUUCAGUUGGAGAUUAUGGAAGUUUUGGUUGGAAUUAUAAUUGGGAAUUACGAGAAAGUAAAAAAAAUGUUUUGCGAACUCAUACCACUGCAAAUUCAUGUAGAGCUUUAUUUAAGCUAGCUAAAGAGUAUAAAAAAACGGGUUCUAUAAUUCCUAAAAAAUAUUUCAGUAUAGAUAGAGUAUUCAGAAAUGAAAAUCUAGAUAGUACACAUCUAGCUGAAUUUCAUCAAGUGGAAGGAUUAAUCAUUGAUAAAAAUUUGGGAUUGUCUCAUUUAAUAGCAACGCUAGCUUCCUUUUAUAAAUACAUAGGAAUACAUAAAUUGCGAUUCAAACCAACCUUCAAUCCGUAUACAGAACCUUCUAUGGAGGUAUAUGGGUAUCAUGAGCAAAACAAAAAGUGGAUAGAAGUAGGCAAUAGCGGAAUUUUCCGGCCAGAGAUGUUACAAGCAAUGGGCUUCUCAGAUGAAGUUUCUGUUAUUGCUUGGGGCCUCAGUUUGGAAAGACCAACUAUGAUCAAGUACAACAUUCGCAAUAUACGAGAUCUGUUUGGUUAUCGAAGUUUGAUCGCGUGA